AUGGGGAGACAGGGCAUUAACCCCUGUCCCGUCCCACCUGUUGUUGAUGAUGAUGCUGGUGCCUCAAGUGACGGCUCGAUGUUCUUAGACCCGGGCGGCAUCUGCGCCUUGCCGGAUGGCGCAAAGCUGGUCGGCCAGCUCGUCGCUGCUGCAGAAGAAGCCGGUACAUUGAUGAUAUUGAGUGCCAUGAGCUCUACGACGAUGGAGGACGUCAGGUUCAGCGCGCCCAACUUGGUACUCUGGCAGCAGUUGUAUAUAUUUCGCAAUCGCUCCCUGACGUCGUCACUUGUGCGAAGGGCCGAAAUCCAAGGGAUGGCUGCCAUCGUAGUCACAGUGGACUCGCCCAUAUCCGGACAGGCUUCCUUUAUUGCAAAGAACGGAUUUCUCCUCCCAAAGGGCGUUAGCCUUGCCAAUCUAGAUGCCUGGGAUCCUGACCACCCUUUUAGUCUUGAUCCGACGAGUGAAGGAUUCAUCGGCGUACAUCACUUGCCCUCGUCUACGUGGGACGACAUUCUGUGGUUGAGGAGCAUCACCAGCCUACCGAUUGUCGCCAAGGGCAUCCUAACGCCCCAGGAUGCUAUCAAGGCCGUCAAUCACGGAGUAGCGGCGGUUAUUGUCUCAAACCAUGGUGGGCGCAUCCUGGAUGGCACACCAGCCACGAUUGAAGCCUUACCGGAGAUUGUAGCCGCAGUGGGUGACCGCACGGAGGUCUACAUGGACGGCGGAAUACGCUCCGGAGCUGACGCGGUGAAGGCGCUUAGUCUUGGAGCCCGUGUAGUAUUCAUCGGACGUCCAGUGCUCUGGGGACUUGCCUACAACGGCCAAAAAGGAGUCGAGACGGUACUCAGCGUAUUGCAUGAUGAACUAUUGCGCACCAUGCAGCUUCUAGGUUGCCCAAACUCCAAUGACCUCAACCGUGACUACGUCGUCCGCGAGGAGUACUACCGCCAGUUUUAG